AUGUCAACACCAUUCAAUAUUAGUAAUAGUAUUAAUAUAAAUUAUCCAAAUAAUCUAAAUAGUCAUACUAUUGAUAAUAAUAAUAAUAAUAAUAAUAAUGAAGAUUUAAACUCAUUAUAUCCACCAAAUAACCAUCAUCACUAUACUAUUAGUACAAGUCCUAGUACUAGUUCAUUCUUUCCAAUAACAUAUACAACAAGUAAUAGUACUAAUAGUAAUACUAAUAAUAAUAGCAAUAGCAAUAAUAAUCAAAAUGGAAGUAGUAUAAAUAUUAGUAUUAGUAAUGGUGGUCAAAUUUUAUCAGGAUCCUCACCAAAUAAUCAUAACAAUAUUAAUAUUAAUAAUAAUAAUAUUAAUAAUAAUAUUAAUAAUAAUAAUAAUAAUACAUCAUUAAAUGGUGGCUAUUUUAGUAGUAGAUUAAAUAAUAAUUUAGAUUUUAAAAGUUAUGUUGGCCAAAGGAUUCAAACAAUUCAAAAUAAUAAUCUAUCAUCAUCAUCACACUUGACACCAACAAGAAAUAAUAAUAAUGAAAAUGAAAAUGCUUCAAAUUCUAUAAAUGGUGUAAUUAGUAGUCAUGAUAAUCAUCAAGGAUCAUUAUUAUAUCAAUCAAAUAUAUUUAGAGAUGGUUUUGGUACAUUCUUAAAAUCAUCCUACUUUAGUGAUGUAACUAUCAUUGCAAAUGAAAGAAAAUAUUUUCUUCAUAAAGUUAUUUUAGCUCAUUCUUCACAAUUUUUCUCUGAUCAUUUCGAUCAACAAGAACCAAUUGAAAUAAAUAAUAACUCAAAUGAUACUCCUUCUUCCUCUUCUCCACCAAUAAAUAAUAAAAAUAAUAAUAACAAUAAUAAUAAUAAUAAUAAUAAUAAUAAUAAUAAUAAUAAUAAUAAUAAUAAUAAUAAUAAUAAUAAUAAUAAUAAUAUAUUAACAACAUCAACAAAUAAUAAUAAUAGUAAUAUUAAUACAAGUAAUAAUAAUAAUGGAUAUUUUAAUUAUCUUGGUAAUAAUACCUAUGAAUUAAAGGGUGGUUUAUUUUUAGAAUUUUUUGAAUUGGUUGUAAUUUAUAUGUAUGAGGGUAAAGUUAAUCUUACACCAAAGAAUGCUUUACCAAUUUUAUGGCUUUCAAAUACAUAUUCAAUUAGAGGUUUAAAAAAAGUUACAACAUUUUAUUUAACAAGUUCAAUCACAAAAGAGAAUGCUUUAUCAAUGUUAAAUAAAGCAAUCAAUAUUGAUUCUGAAGAUUUGGUUUCAAAAUGUAUUACUGUAAUUUGUAAACAUUUUAAUCAAAUUAUAUUACCAAAUUCAUUUUAUAAAUUAUAUUUAAAUCAACAACAAAAUAAUAAUAAUAAUAAUAAUAAUAGUAAUCAAUUAAUUUUACCAAACUUUGGUAGUGGUCAUAGUCGUAAUAAUAGUUAUAAUGUAGAUGAAAAUAAUAAUAAUAAUAAUAAUUCAAAUAAUAAUGAUACUCAACAUACAUCAAAUUCUGAUGAAUCAUUUGUACAUUCUGUAGAUGAUAAUAAUAAUUCAAAUAAUAAUGAUGAAUUAUCUACUACAACAACUACAACUACUACAACUACUACGACUACUACUACAUCAACAAAUACAAAUACAUCAUCAAUACCAAUUUUAAUAACACCAUCAACAGAUAAACAAAUUAAUUAUCAAAUUUUAAAGGAUAGUGAAAAAUCAUUAGACCCAAAUACAAUUAAUACUAUACCGGAAUUAUUAUCAUUACCUUUAAAUAUUAUGAUUAGAUUAAUGAAACAAAAUAAUUUAUCAGUUUCAAAUGAAUCAAUAGUUUAUAAGACAGUUUUAAAAUAUAUUCAAUAUAAUAGAUCAAAUUUAUUGGAAAAAGAUAUUUGUUCUUUAUUUGAAGUCGUCAGAUUCCCAUUGUUUUCAUAUCAACAACUUGAAGAACUUGGUGAUACAUCAAUGGUUCCAUCAUUCUUAAUUACAGAGGCUUUAUUGCAAAGAUUAAAAAUUCAUGAAGGUCCAAAAGAAAAAGAUUUAAAAGAUCCAACAAAGGAUUCAAAAGAUUUAAAAGAAUCUUGUAUCAGUAAUGUUGGUAGUGGUGGUGGUGGUGGUGGUAAUAGUGGUAGCAAUAGUGGUAGUUCAUUAUCUGUAUCAACUACAACUACCACUACUACAACAACAAUAAUAACAACAUCAUCAUCAUCAUCAUUAAAUUUAAAUAAUCAAUCUAUCAAUAAUUUAAAUAUUCAAGAUUGUGAAGAGGGUGGUAAUUCAUUAACACAGAUGAGAAAAAUACCAAGAACUGCUUAUGCAACCUCUUUAGAGUAUUCUUUUGAUUUUGAUACAUUCGGUGUAUUUUAUUAUAUUGGUACAAAUGGAGGUAAAGAAGAAUGGUCUAAUCCUGCUCUAAGAGGUAGAGUUAGAGUAGCUUGUUCUUCACAAGAAAAAGGUAGUGUAAUUGAUUGUUUCAAUAGAACGAGCUCUGAAUUUUGGUCAAUGGAUGUACCUGCCUCUUGGAUUUCUGUUAAUUUAGGUUCAAGUAGAACAAUGGUACCAACUUGUUACACUCUUAGACAUGGUGGUAAUAGUAAAGCUGAUUGUUUAAGAAAUUGGACUUUGCAAGGUUCCAUGGAUAGUAAAAAUUGGACAGUAUUAGUUAGACAUAGUAAUGAUGCAUCAUUAAAUGGUAAUUUUAGUACUUGUUCUUGGCCAAUACCCAAUUGUACUCAAGCAUAUAGACAUUUUAGAAUUUUACAAACUGGAAGAAAUUCUUCAAAUCAUAACUUUUUAUCAAUAUCUGGUAUUGAAUUUUAUGGGGAUUUAUAUGAAACAAGAGUUUCUCAAAAUUAA